AUGGCUGCUGUUGGUGGGGGUUUGUGUUGGCUAAAGAUGCGAACGAGAUGGAAAAUAUUGUGGCUAAUACCUGCCGUUUUUCUCGCACUGCUGGUUCAAAAUGGAAAAGCAUUAGACUGUUAUUGUCUUGGGACCUGCCCUGAUGGAUCCUAUAAUGGUACAUGCACUGCACCACCAGACAGCGACUGCUUCAGUGCUGUUGAAGAAGUCUACAAUUCAGAGACGUCACAGUUUGAACCUGAACGAAGUUAUGGCUGCUUGCCUGCUGAAGAAAGCAGCAUAUUGUGGUGCAAGGCUCACCUUGUCCCACAUAAGGUGCCGAAAUCAAUUGCUUGCUGCAGGACUGGUGACCUUUGCAAUAAGUACCUGAAGCCUGUGUACCAUAUAAGGACUGACGAUGAGUACGGGCCUGCUGUAUAUCUGUACAAGGACAUGUAUCUUCAGAUCGUCAUUUUCAUUGCCGUCCUGGGUGUUGUAGUGUGCCUAGUCUUGAGUGGCUACAUAUUCUACACAAGGCGCAAGAAGUCUCUCGAGAGUCGCAGCUUUUUCGCAUCGGGCUGCCGAGAGCCUUUCCUUCCCAUUGAAGAUGGAGGGCCUUGUCUUAAGGACCUUAUUGAACAUUCCAUCACUUCUGGUAGUGGGUCUGGCUUGCCUCAGCUGGUUCAACGGACCAUUGCAAGGCAAAUACAAAUGGUUGAAAUCAUUGGAAAAGGACGCUAUGGUGAAGUCUGGAAAGCUCAUUGGCGGGGAGAAUAUGUUGCCGUCAAAGUGUUCUUCACAACAGAUGAGGCCAGCUGGCUUCGUGAAACUGACAUUUACCAGACAAUGCUCCUGCGUCAUGACAACAUCCUUGGCUUCAUUGCUUCCGACAUUAGAGGCACAGGCUCAUGGACCCAGAUGCUGCUAAUCACCAACUACCACGAGCGUGGCUCUCUCCACGAUUAUUUGUCCACACAUGCUUUAGACCCUGAGGAUGCUGUGCGAUUGGCUCACUCAGCAGCUUGUGGUCUGGCCCACCUGCACAUUGAGAUCAUUGGCAAGCAAGGAAAGCCUGCGAUUGCUCAUCGCGAUAUCAAGAGCAAGAACAUCUUGGUCAAGAAGGAUGGCACUUGUGCCAUUGCAGACUUUGGCUUGGCAGUAAGGUUCAGCAGUGAGGCCAACGAGUUGGACAUCGCCGUGAACCCUCGAGUAGGCACAAAGCGCUACAUGGCACCAGAGGUGCUUGAUGAGACUCUUGUCCCGAAUCGUUUCGAUUCAUACCGGAUGGCAGACAUGUAUUCCUUUGGCCUGGUGCUUUGGGAGAUUGCCUUGCGAUGCGUGGAGGAUGGUGCAGUGGAGGAAUACUGCAUUCCCUACCAUGAUGUGGUUCCCUCUGACCCAAGCUUUGAGGACAUGCGCAAAGUGGUAUGUGUGGACUACGCAAGGCCAAAGAUACCCAAGCGCUGGAGCUCAAAUGGCUCAAUAACACAAUGCCUGUCGAAGCUAAUGCAAGAGUGCUGGCACCAAAGACCUGGCGUCAGGCUAACAGCCCUGCGCGUUAAGAAGUCGCUGGCUAGGCUGGUCGUCGAUUCCAGCUACACUGGGGUGAAGAUGGUGUGACACCACAGCAUAUUGUUUUGCUAGAUUCUGGCCUGGUAGCAUGGUUCAACAGCAGGCCCUGCAGAUUAUGCUACCACUACUGUUAGCUGAAAAGGCAUGUACCCCUGUCUCAUGGAUAUCAGCAGCCUCCUUUGAACUUCAUAAUUUAUAACUUGAUAAGGAAUUUUCUCAGUGAUGCUUCAAGGCACUUCAUGGGUUCAGGAAAGAAGCUACAAGGUGUCCGUUUCGCACUCCUAUGCCUACAUCCACGUGCAAAAUCUUGCCCCUAAUCAUAGUGAAGGUGCUAUGCAGUGUGCAUAUAUUUUUUUUUAGAGAAAGCAGCAAUUUAUUGCUGUCAAAGGAGGGCAGUUUUUUUUUUCUUCUGUUAUAGUAACAUAUACUUGUGAGCAUGUUGACAGCUUCGUUGACAGUGAUGAUGGCAACACUGCAGUUUAUAUCUGGUCUGAAUUGGUUACUUGCAUUUAUAUCUGGUCUAGAUAACUACUUGCAUUGUUUAAGGAAAGAGAGACACACUGUAAUUUGUCAUUGCCUGUGAAAUUUUUUCGAAAUCAUGCUAUCAUCUCCAGCAUGUUUUCCUUGCACAGUUGAAUACAUUCGGUCCAUUAGCUCUUGUAGCAGGGCAGUGCCACUACAGUUCACUUGGGCUGUUAGUGGCUGAGACAACAGAGCAUCUUACUCACUGCUGUGGCUUCCUUUAACACUGGAAGUACUCAAAUGCUCAGAAUGAAAAGCACUACGAUGAGAAUAGACAAAGAUGAAGAAAUGGGAUCAUGGCGCCAAUGCUGGCAUGCACAAAGUUUCCUAUCCAAAGUGACAGCACGGUAGUAUAUCUUGAGGUGUAGUGUGGAGUGUAGGUGCCCCAAUGCUCAUAAAUAGUUUUUAGGAAUGCAUUAUGAGUAAAUUGGGCAAUGAAAUAACCCUAAUGUUGAAAUGUAUUGUUGUUCUGACUACAGAGAUAUUGUUUUGUAAUUUUUUUCACAACUACAGCAAUGUCGGCAUUAGACUACUCCUUUUACUAUUGAGAAAGAUUGCCAGAUUCCUGUCAUAGAGUGCUCUAUUCCUUAGCAAAAAGGCAUCUGUGUGGCACGGAGCACAUAUGUCUUAAUGUAAAGCCAAAGAAGUUGAAGGGAUUUCAAGGGUGCCUAUGCGAUAGGAGCAUCAUACUUGGUUGCAUUGAGAUGUCUGUAGUUACACUGCUGCAUCCAAGAGGCCUAAUAUUGCUGUGGCCAGCAAAUCAGCCAUUCGUAGUUCUUCAUGAAAGCAAUUUAUGUUGACACAGCCCAGUGAACAUCACCUGCAGUACCUGCCCAUAGGAAGUAAUGCAGUUUUGUUGUCACUUUGUUUGGUCAGUGUGGUUACAUGUGUGGAAUUAAGUGAGCUGCAGUGAUGGAGCUGAAUUGAAUUAACUGUGGUUCCGCGGUUGUGACCAUGCAUCAGUGACUCAGCAUCGAUUUUUUUUUAACACCCCAGUUACUGAAGUAUUUUAGUGCUUUUUCGCUCAUACCGGUGCUGAAACCAGCUCCUACAGGCAGCUUCACCUUACUCUGAUUGUUCUAUUAUAUGCAAGCUCCUUUGUAGAAGUAAAUGUGUAGGGGCAUAUUGACAUUGGUUGCUGUUAAGGGCUGACUUUUUAUGGUUUGAGCUUUGUUUCUGUAUGUGCCAUUUUGUACAAAUUUCGUUUUUUGCUUAGCGCUGUUCUAGCUGCAUUUUUUUUCUUAUUCAAUUUUUUUAAAUUGUAAAAUCGCACUCAGAUGGUUGAUUGUUACUACUCCAGUUUUUAUUUUGUUCUGUGUGUACAUGUUGUCAGCUUUUUAAAAGUUUGCUGAGUUGUAAAGGUCACAACAGUCAUUAUAUGGCUUGUAACACUUUAAAGAAAGCGCCACAAGCUAAAUGCACAGUGAAAAAAAAAAAAAUUGAUUGUGAUUGUACACAGCCAGUACAUAUUGUAUGGCUUUUAUUUUUUCUUCUGCACAACUUCUGCGCACCAGCUCACAUUUGCUUUAUCAUACUUUUUGAAGAGCAUAACUACUGCAAAGUAAUGCAUCAGCAUGUUAGCACAGUUUGUGAAGCAUAAUUAGUGUUUAUUAUAUAUGUAUUAUAGAUCUGCCCUAGGGUUGAAAAAAAGUCUAUGCAUGUAAGAGCAUUCACUACAGAAUAUAAAAGCCUGGUAUAUAAUAAUUGAAUUUCAUUGUUUAGUUUUUGUAGUGCUUGCUUUUACAAUUGUAAACAUUUUCUAUUUUUUAAGUGUCUGUGAACAAAUUUCAGUUUGUUUCAAGCCUCCCAUGUUUUUAGACGAUGACAGAUAAUACUGUGUUCCAUGAAAACCGUUGUUGUGCAGUAUGUCUGAAAGGUGUUUGAGGAUCUUUGCUGUUACCUCACUUGAGAAAUAUUAGGCUAAAUUAGUUAUGCAUAUGAAAUAUCUUAUUUUUGCCAUUCCCAACUAUGUAACUGCUUACCCCGCAGUCCCUCAGCUUCAAAAUUGGUUGUUGUUACCGCUUUAAAUUUUUAUUAAUGGCUAGUAUAAAUGAUAACUGUUGACUCAUGGUCAAAAAGAAAAAAAUGUUGGCUUAUAUUCAGUGAUGGCAGCAGAAAAUGCUUGGAGACUGUGGAGCAUAGCUGCAUGUAAAUCUGUCAUUCCACUGACUGAUUAAGCACUCUGUAAGUGGCAAGAAUUGGCCUUCAAGUGCCUGUAGUCUUUAAUGUUUGUAGCCACAUUGGUUACUGAAUUACUUUUGGCACAUGAUGUGGUGUGCAGUACCAAGACAUGCUGCAUCACUGCCUACUAUUUAGAUCCUCAAAGGGCUGUGUAACAUCUCACGUAAUCGUCAAUUGACCUUCCUGUAAGUCUCAAUUGCCCCGUGAAUCUCCUGGCAAAAAAAAAGAAAAGAAAAGCCCACUUGCUUGUGUAUACUGUGCAGUCGCUGUUUACAUCGUCAAGGAGAGAGUAAGCGAUUUUUCUUUCCUCGCACAAUAUUAUUACCCUGGUGUGUGCACUGCAGUAAUAUUUUAUUCACAUUUGCACAAGCCUUACUACUUAUUUACUUCUUUUUUUUCUUUUUUUACUAUGUUAAAGGAGUAUUGUGGGGCCCCUUUGAACAUUCAAGAAUGUAAGAAUUUGCCUAAUUGGUUGAUUGAGUUGCUACUACCUCGGUUAAAAUAGUUCAAACACAGGAAAGUUUUCCAGCUCUGUAAUACGACUGUGCUGGUUUUUCAGUUGCAUGAAGUGUUCUUUAGACUUGCUGUCUUUAUUGUUUUUUAUCGGCUUUAUCAAGGUGUCGGCCGUCAUACAAUGUUCUCAUGUCCACGUAACAGAGUACAAUCUUUUUGUGUGAAUAUGUAAAUAGUGAUGUCUAAAAUUUUGUGUUUGUGUGUGUGUGUCCAACUAAUGAAAUGGAACUUUGGUGUUCUUGUACAUAGUUACUUGUCCGAGUAUUGUGCCAAAAUGUAACAACGUGUAUAUAUGAACUUGUAGAUAUAUGUAAUGCUAGAAAACACUAGCUCACCGGCUUUCUAAGUGAUGGGUUUGUGGUAAGUGAAUGCAAGAUAUGAAUGAUUUGAAAUUGGGACUUCUGUCAUCAGCAUGACAGUGACACUCCCCUGCCCCUUCCACUUACUGCUGGCCAUUUCUUUUUUUGAUAAUAUAUGUAGUUGCAUAACUUUUGGGCACUAAAUUUCUUGGGGUGUGACUAUGUACACUCGUACUUGACUUACUUGACUGAGGCUGCAACACACUGCCUGCAAUUGAAGGGUCUCCACAACUGCAUGGUGAUCUCUACAUAUGAGAAAUUGGUUAAAAAAAUUCAGGAACUGAACAGUAUUUAUUAUUAUAUUAUUAUUAUUUUUUACCCUGCUAGCCUUGCCUUAAGUCUUCGGGAUUAUUUUACGAAGGGCACUGUAUUGCAACGUAUUUUGGAUGAUGUGCAAAUUGUAGAGGAAAAAGUCUAUAUUUUUAGAUUGCGAAAAAAACAUUUUUGGUGUAGCUGUGCUUGGUAAAUAGCUGAUGCGUAAAUUUGUUGGUGACAGCAACUCCAGUUGACAACUGCUUCUGUCAGAUUAUGGCGUGGAGGAGUGCAACAUACUUACAUCACUUCUUUCCACCCCUCCCCCCCCCAAAUUGUGUUUCUUUUUAGUUGUACAUUCGGUACUUUUAUGGCCAAUUAGGGUGCCCCCCUUUGUUACAUUAUGUCGUGAAAGUGGUGGAGUAGCAGGUGUUCUUUGCGUUUUCCUGGUGUGCGUGUCACUGAUGGUAAAGAACAGGUAACCACAGAAAUAGUCUGCUCGCUCCCACUGUGCCAACAGUUGUGUUGCUCUUAAGCUGUCAAUCAUGGCUACCAAAAAAAAAGCGUAAAUAACAUUGACUCUAAGUGUGCAUAAGGGUAGUUUAAUCUUCUCCAUAACAAGAUCUGUGUGUCCUUGGAAAAUUGUACUUCAAUAAUAGUGGCCUGUGCCUUUUGAUGAAUAUAGUCCAUGUUUUGGUGCUAAAAUGCUUCACAAA